AUGCUAGAUUCACAUAUCCACCCAGCAAAGGGAAUUGAGAAUACAGAAGUUCUGCAUUCUUUCUUUGUUCAAGAACAGAUAUAUUUACGAGUCUCGAUGGAAUUCAGGAGGGCUUGCACUUUAUUGAUCAUCCUCUUUAUCUUUGUUGCUGUUACUAGUGAGGUCCGAGUUGAGGCAGCAAGAGUUUUAUCGGAAGAUUUAUCUGCAUCGAAUCACCUUGCUACCUUUCCGGCAAUGUACGAGAAGGCAAAAUACACCAUGUCUUACUGGCUUGAACGUUUACCAUCUGGACCCAGCCCCAGAGGACCAGGCCAUUAA